CCUGCGCGUGGCCGGGUUGAGGCACGCAUCUCGCAGAGGGUGACCCUGAGGGCGCCGCGGGGAGUGGACUCGGGGACGUGGAGGCCCGGGCGGCGUUCACUUCGCUGGAAGGUUCGAGCCCUGGUGGGACAGAAAAGACAGAGAUGGACCCGGUGAGACUUGUCCGCCUAUUCUCUCGGGCCCGCCCCUUGGGGCUCUUGGGCCUCCAGCACUUUGACCUUCUUGGAGCCCAGUGGACAGGAGGCAGGGAGGGGCUUGUGUGGCUGAGGGCUGUGGGGCCAACUCAGCCAGCCUUAGCUGCCUUCAGCAGCUCCCCUUUGUCAGCUGCCUUUGAAUCUGGGAGCCAGAAGAAUAUGAGCAGCCUCCACUCUGACCCAAGCCAGCCCAGCUCCACAGGCCCUCAAGAGGAAGAGGAGAGCUUUGGAACCCUCUCUAAUAAAUACUCCUCCCGGAAGAUAUUCCACAAAUCAACACCCCAGUUGUAUGACCUACGACUCAGGGAACAGAAUAUUGAGGAAGAUGAAGAAGGGGAACUGGAGCCAAAAUCAUGGCAGGGCCCAAGAAACACCCCAUAUUGGUACUUCCUUCAGUGUAAACGCCUAAUUAGGGAAGGAAAGCUGGCUGAAGCCCUGGACCUGUUUGAGAGGCAGAUGCUAAAGGAGGAGCAACUGCAGCCACUCGAGUACAACUACACGGUGCUGAUUGGAGGCUGCGGGAGGGCUGGCUACCUGAAGAAGGCCUUCGGGCUCUACAAUGAUAUGAAAAAACGGGAUUUAGAGCCCUCAGAUGCCACAUACACAGCCCUAUUCAAUGUCUGUGCCGAGUCACCCUGGAAGGACUCUGCCCUUCAGAGUGCCCUGAAACUACGACAGCAGCUCCAGGCUAAAAAUGUCCAGUUCAACCUGAAGACAUACCAUGCUCUGCUGAAGAUGGCUGCCAAGUGCUCAGACCUCAGGAUGUGCCUUGAUGUGUUCAAGGAAAUCAUCCACAAGGGGCAUGCUGUCACAGAAGAGACCUUUAGUUUCCUGCUCAUGGGCUGCAUCCAGGACAAGAAGAUAGGCUUCCGACUCGCCCUGCAGGUGUGGAGGCAGAUGCUGAGCCUGGGACUCAAGCCAACCCAACAUGGCUACAACUUGCUGUUAGGGGCAGCUCGGGACUGUGGCUUGGGGGAGCCAGAAGUGGCCUCCAGGCUGCUCCUGAGACCCAGAGAGGAGACAGUCCUGCUCCAGCCCCCAGGCAGGCAGCAGGCAGGGAGGAGAGGCUCUUCUGUGAUUGAUGGUGUAAUGACCAGAGUACAUGUGGAGGCCCUGGAGAGGGAGCUGUUUCUGGAACCUUCUCAGGCAGUUGAGGGACUUCCAGAGCCUCGGGAGGCCCUAGUGCCCAGUAAGGCACAAUCUGAGGUGGAAACCAAGGCAGAGCCUGACCACACAGCAGCUCUUACCCCAGUGGCUCUGAAGCCAUCUCCCUUGGAGUUGGAGAUCAACCUCCUGACCUUGGAAACUGUCUCCCCAGCUGUGGUCUCCUUUGGGACAGUGAUCACCCCUGCUGACAGGCUAGCUUUGAUAGGGGGCCUGGAGGGCUUCCUGGGCCAGAUGGAAAAGCACGGGCUCCAGCCGGACAUUAAAACCCUUACACUGCUGGCUGAGGUGGUAAAGCCUGGGAGCCCUGCGGAGUCCUCACUGCUGACCAUCCUAGACAGGCACCAGGUGGAGGCCGAUGUGACAUUCUUCAACACACUGAUGAGGAAGAAGAGCAAGCUGGGAGACCUGGAAGGGGCAAAGGCGCUGUUGCCAGUCCUGGCAAAAAGGGGAAUUAUCCCCAACCUACAGACGUUCUGCAACCUGGCCAUUGGGUGUCGUAGGCCCAGGGAUGGUCUGCAGCUGCUUGCAGACAUGAAGAAAUCCCAGAUGACCCCCAACACCCACAUCUACAGCACUCUCAUCAAUGCAGCCCUCAAGAAGCUGGACUACACCUAUCUCAUUGACAUCCUGAAGGACAUGAAGCAUAACAGGGUCCCGGUGAAUGAAGUGGUCAUCCGCCAGCUGGAGUUUGCAGCUGAGUACCCACCCACCUUUGACAGGUACAAAGGGAAGAACACGUACUUGGAGAAGAUCGAUGGCUUCCGAGCUUAUUAUAAGCAGUGGCUGAAAGUGAUGCCAGCAGAGGAAACCCCCCACCCCUGGCAGGAGUUCCGGACCAAGCCCAAAAGAGACACUAUCAGGGAUGCUGGUGUGGAUGAAGUCCUUGGGGGCAGGUAACAGAAUGCACAGCUAGAACAAAGUGCCUGGACCUUGGUGCCUGAUGGGAGUCCUGGGAGUCCUUUCCAUGAUAAAGACAAGCAAACAUGCUGGUGUCACCUUUCUUGAGUUGGAAAUGCAGCAUUUUAUGGGUACAGAUAUGAGGACAAACACUGGGCCCAGGGUGCCCAAGAGCACCUGCCACAGCAGGUCCAAGAGCAAUCUUUACACAUCAUCUCAGAUCAAUUUCACCUGAGAGAUUGUCAGCCCAUCACUGCUGUGUGACUUGUGGUCACACAGUACGUAUGAGAUGGAGCCAGGACUAAGCAUAGAGGUGUCUGUUCCCUGGGGCCUGGCAUUUUCCUACCAGGUUCCAGUUUGUUACUCUCAAAGAAUGGACAUAAGGCCCAAGAGGUUUCAACGUUUUAUUUUUACAAAUCACAUCUGGUGAACACCAAAGCCUUCACCUGUAGAGGUGCUCCAACUCACGCCUGAGGCACUGCUGAGAAGAGCUGUUCCCAAGAAGCCGUGGCAGGAUAUGCAGAAGCCUGCAAGGUCCAAAGUCCAGGGUGGAGAGGGGCCAGGCCUAUGGCCUCAGCCAGAGCAGCCCCGACAGCCACAGUGUGUACACUCGAUGAUGCGCCCCUGCAACAGAGCACAGCUAAGCUACUGCACCUGGUCGCACACCCAUAUACCCUGACCCUCCGUCUAAGAAGUGUAUUUCCUGCAGAACACAGUGUAUUUCCUGCAGAACACAUCUCAGAAACCUUUGCUGGAUUAGUUCUGGACAGAGGAACUUCAGUUCCCUCAUGAAAAUGGGAAAUGCUACUCUUCACACUGAAGUUAUAUUUGUGUGCAUUUAAUACAUAAAUUCAACAUA